UUUUUUUUUAAUGUCUCCUAACAAAAUGGAGUAGCUGCAGCUUCUGGGAGGCCAGAGAAUGAUUGUGCAGCUGAGUCCUCCUCCUAACAAAUGCCAAGGAUUUCCUCCCUCGUGGUUCGCCGCUGCUAAAUGAAACAAUUAUCAACGCAAGAAGGCAGUUUGCUAAUCAAGAGGGAUAAGACUGCUGUUUCUUUAAAGUGCCGAGCAGGGAAGGGGGAAGAAAGGGUCGUGUGCGGUGUCUUUUUAACCUUGCUGAAGGACGCAGCAGUAUUUAUUGACGUAUGCAAAUAACUGGGGGAGGGUGGUGCUUGGGAAAAAACAGGAACCAGAAUCAGUUUCUCAUUGCAGGGUGAACGCUCUGAGUUCCGGUGAAGGGAAAAGAGACGUGGCGAAAUUGCUGUCUUUCUGUCUUAUAAGCACAUCUCUCCUUAAAACAGAAAAGGAACCAAGACAUCAGAAAGGCUGCGCAAACCAUGCAGGAUGAUUUACUGAUGGACAAAAGCAAAACCCAGCCCCAGCCCCAGCAGCAGCGGCAGCAGCAGCAGCAGCAGCCCCAGCCCGAACCCAGCGCAGCCGAAGCCCCGUCCACGCCCCUCUCUUCAGAGACCCCCAAGCCGGAGGACAGCAGCGCAGUGCCGGCCCUCAGCCCCGCCGCGGCCCCGCCGGCCCCCAACGGCCCCGACAAGAUGCAGAUGGAAUCGCCGCUCCUGCCGGGCUUGAGUUUCCACCAGCCCCCUCAGCAGCCGCCGCCGCCGCCGCAGGAGCCCGCGGCCCCGGGCGCGUCGCUGUCUCCGUCCUUCGGCAGCACCUGGUCCACAGGCACCACGAACGCGGUGGAGGACAGCUUCUUCCAGGGGAUCACCCCAGUCAACGGGACCAUGCUCUUCCAGAACUUCCCGCACCACGUCAACCCAGUCUUCGGAGGCACCUUCUCUCCGCAGAUCGGCCUGGCGCAGACCCAGCACCACCAGCAGCCGCCGCCGCCAGCGCCGCAGCCAGCGCAGCCGGCGCAGCCCCCACAGGCGCAGCCCCCGCAGCAGCGCCGAUCGCCCGCCAGUCCCAGCCAGGCGCCCUACGCGCAGAGGAGUGCCGCCGCGGCGUACGGCCACCAGCCCAUCAUGACCAGCAAGCCGUCCUCGUCCUCGGCUGCAGUAGCCGCCGCGGCCGCAGCUGCCGCUUCGUCCGCCUCGUCCAGCUGGAACACGCACCAGAGUGUGAACGCCGCCUGGAGCGCGCCGUCCAACCCGUGGGGCGGCCUGCCGGCGGGCCGGGACCCUCGCCGAGCUGUCGGCGUGGGCGUGGGCGUAGGUGUCGGGGUGCCCUCACCACUCAACCCCAUCUCGCCGCUCAAAAAGCCCUUCUCCAGCAAUGUGAUCGCGCCGCCCAAGUUCCCCCGUGCGGCCCCGCUCACCUCCAAGUCCUGGAUGGAGGAUAACGCUUUCCGGACGGAUAAUGGUAACAAUCUGUUGCCAUUUCAGGACCGGAGUAGGCCCUAUGACACUUUUAACUUGCACUCGUUGGAGAACUCCUUAAUGGAUAUGAUAAGGACUGAUCAUGAGCCUCUGAAAGGUAAACACUACCCUCCCAGUGGCCCACCAAUGAGUUUCGCUGAUAUAAUGUGGAGGAAUCAUUUUGCAGGACGCAUGGGAAUAAAUUUCCAUCAUCCAGGAACAGAUAAUAUUAUGGCACUUAACACCAGGAGCUAUGGGCGGAGACGAGGUCGGUCUUCUCUCUUUCCCUUUGAAGAUGCCUUCCUGGACGACAGUCACGGCGAUCAAUCCUUGUCAUCUGGCUUAAGUUCUCCCACUCGCUGUCAAAACGGAGAACGAGUAGAACGUUACUCUAGAAAGGUGUUUGUUGGAGGCCUUCCUCCUGAUAUUGAUGAAGAUGAGAUCACUGCCAGCUUUCGCAGGUUUGGACCUCUCGUUGUAGACUGGCCUCACAAAGCUGAAAGCAAGUCGUAUUUUCCUCCUAAAGGCUAUGCCUUUCUGCUGUUCCAGGAGGAGAGCUCAGUGCAAGCCUUGAUAGAUGCCUGCCUGGAAGAAGACGGGAAGCUGUACCUGUGCGUGUCCAGCCCCACCAUCAAGGAUAAACCGGUGCAAAUUCGACCAUGGAACCUAAGUGACAGUGACUUUGUAAUGGAUGGUUCUCAGCCUUUGGACCCCAGAAAAACUAUCUUUGUUGGGGGAGUUCCACGACCCCUUCGAGCUGUCGAACUGGCAAUGAUCAUGGACCGUCUGUAUGGUGGUGUCUGCUAUGCCGGCAUCGACACGGACCCGGAGCUGAAGUACCCCAAAGGUGCUGGCCGCGUGGCGUUCUCCAAUCAGCAGAGCUACAUCGCAGCCAUCAGCGCGCGCUUUGUGCAGCUCCAACACAAUGACAUUGACAAACGGGUGGAAGUGAAGCCAUACGUGCUGGACGAUCAGAUGUGUGAUGAGUGCCAGGGCACGCGCUGUGGUGGGAAGUUUGCCCCGUUCUUCUGUGCCAACGUCACGUGUCUGCAGUAUUACUGUGAAUACUGCUGGGCGAGCAUACAUUCCCGCGCCGGGCGGGAGUUCCACAAACCGCUGGUGAAGGAGGGAGGCGACCGCCCUCGGCACGUCCCGUUCCGCUGGAGCUGAGCCCAGGGCAGACCCAGCCACAAGUACUGGAGUAGAUAACAAGGAGGGAAAAAGAGAGGGCACUGCCUCAGGGCUUACAGUGUUCUGGAAAUCUGUGCAUUCGUUCUCGAUUUUUAAAGAAGAAAUGGGUCUUUUUAUUAUUACUAUUAUUUACAGUCAUAUUACUGAACUCAGUGUCCAGUAUAAUGCAAAAUUGCAGAGUGUAUAACGGUACUGAUUUGCACUUUGAUUCUCACCUUUGUCUGCUUGGUACCUUAAUUUCUUACACCUGAUCUGUCACUCGUAGACUGCCAUUCUCAUCAGCGGCCAUCAGGUUGAUGUCUGUGAUUUUUUCGUUUGUUGUUGUUGUUGUUGUUGUUGUGUUGUUGCUGUUGUUGUUCCGAUUGUUUUUGAACUGGAGCAUGCACUUAUUUUCAGAAACUUAGAGAGUUGCCCCUAGGAGAAGACUUACCAAAGGUAAUACUCGUGAGUAGGUGGCAGAUGUAGCAAAAACUUCACAACAGUUCAGCAAUCAUUAGUUGGGGUCAUUUAGAGUAAGGGUAACCCUUAAUGAAAAUAGGCCUUUAGUUUUCUAUUUUGACAUGUAAGGAUACCUCAUAAGCUGAAUCUUUAUUUUCCCUUCAUGUUUGAUUUUUGUUUUGCUGAGGAUUUUGGUUAGAUCUUUUAGUGUUAUGUAAAUUUAUGCUGCAAUAGCUUUUGCUGCUAUUAAGAUGGUAUUAUUAAUACCAUAAUACUCUCUUCAGGCUAAGGUAUCAAUUUAAAGAAACCCAACAACACACGUUUGUGAUUUAGGGAUAGAAUCAGCUGCCGAAAGGAGAUCAGAAUAGACUACAGAAAGCUUCAACGGAAGGUCACUAUUUCUGACUGCAUGUUUACUUAAUCAGGUUGCUGCAUGCAAUAAAUUUUAUAUCCAAUGUCUAGUAUAAAACCUUCCCACAAUGCACAAAUUAAGAAUCUAUAUAAGCUAUAAAAUACUGAUUUUUUUAAAAGUUUUUUUCACUCAAAGAAUUGGUAAUUGACUGGAGGAAGGCAUGCCUCAAUAAAUGGAAUGCUUCUGACAUUAGGAAGAGCCCCUAACAGAAUGACCUAUAUUACAACCAAUAUAAAACCUAGGUGUAGGAUAUUCUUAAAGCAAAUUUGUGGAUGGUAGAUGAAGUACUUUGCGGUGCUCUGUUAUAUAUUGUGCAAUUUAUUUUAUAUAGUAAAGUGAUUAUGUCUAACUGUGAUCAAACUUAACUGUUUAAAGCCUCUGUGUCAGACAUUAACGAACUUGACAGUUCAUAACUGGUAUAUUAUUAACUAACACAUGAGCUCUUAGCUACAAUCUCCUAGUGCUUGCACCAUUUUACAUAGCUUCAGACCUUGUCCAGAAAACCAAAGAGCUCAUCUUAGCUUACAAACACUAGGAAUAUAUACAGUAUAUAGAGAUAAGUUGUCAGAUUGACAAACUAGGCACAUUUUAAGAAAGUUGCGUGGCGGUGAUGCUAAAGAAAUGUCUAUCCAAAACAAGAUGGCCUGGGCAGGGCUGGUUGUCUGGGUGAGAAAUUUAACUACUUAAUUCCCUGGAUUUAUCCUGUAAAGCUUGAAUAGAACUAAGACCUGCUAGAACUACCAUGGACAUUUUUUUAGCAUUCACUCUUGGGCUGCAGAUAGUAAUAUAUAAACACACACAAUGAUUGUGAGACUAUGUAAAUCUUUUUUUUUUUUUAAUCUUCUUCCUAUGUUUUGGAAUUCUGGGGACAAUCUGACUGGAUAUGACACUGCAGAAUAGAUUUAAGUCGCUGUGUUUUAUGUGCUGUGAUGUCCUUGUCCUGUCUCUUAAGUUAAUAAGACUGCUUGUUUUUGUUUUGUUUUGUUUUGUUUCUCCAGUGUUUAGUUGCAAUUGCCAGCUCUCAAACUAUAGUUUUUUUUCAAAAAGGAAAAAACAACAUAGUUUUUUACUGGAUUAAAAAUGCUUAUUAGAACUCCCCCCUCCCCUUUGAGGUUACCUCUGGGCUUUUUGGUAAUAAUUGCUUUUUUCCAGCCCAGCUGUGGUUUUCUGUUUGUUUGGUUUUUUUUCUAUGUUUGUGGUUUUUUUCAUCUGUACAAGAAAUUUUGUUAUGCACUACUACUUUUUGUAUUCUAGACAGUUUUCAAAAGUUGGCUGAAGAUUUUUUUGUUUGUUUGUUUUUAAGGAAAAAGGCAUGCUUUCUGACUGACAUGAUCUUUUGCAAUACCUCAAUUUUGAAAUAUAGGAAAGAAAAUGAUAUUUUCUAAGUAAGUUUAUUCAGAAAAAUAUAUAUUAAUUUAAUUCUGCAAGAAA